AUGAUUAUUAAACCACAAGAGCAAAGGGCGGAUUCAAAAGAGCCGCCCAAGUACAUGCAAGAUCCCAAUCGCAACAGCAGCAGCAACAAGGAAACUGCUGAGGCGUGGAGGUCAGAGAAAAGCACGCUUGAAACGCCGCCUGGAUACGACGAGGGAAACUACACACGGGGCAGUGCGGUGGAUCCUCUGGUGCAUCACCGGCACGAGCAGGAGAGCAAGCAAGAAAGGACAAUUAUCAUCAAGAACCGAGCUUGAAAAGACGGGUACAAGGUCUUUUGUGAGCCGAGACUCUUUGGAAAAGCACAAGGCUUUCAAUAAAUCCACCCACGGCUACGUGAAAGGUUUGCGAAGUCAAGGAGUGGGCGUCCCGCUAUUCAGAGUGAUUGUGCCGCUGUUCUCAAGGACUUUUCUCAAGUUCAGAUACAAGUCCACCCGGAGUGGCAACGACGACGUGGAUAGCACCUUUUCGAUAAAUGUUUAUUUAUAUAAAGGGAUAAGGCACAGAUGGAUCAAGGAGACUUCAGGUGGUGAAAUCCGGCGCCAGGGCCGUACCAAAUUCAAGUUUGGACAUUUUAUCCUCGCGGAUGGUCAACCCUCACUUUGCGACAACUGGGACGGCAAAAGCGACGCUCUUGAUAAAAAGAGCAAAUUCAACCCGCUUCUAGUCUCGCCGUUCAAGUCGUUGUUCAAGUCGUCGGCUCCUAAGCCAGAGUAUUAUGGAAUCUCGAGUCUUGGAGCUUUGAUUGAAAGUAAGCAGGAUUCAUUUGGGGUAUUAAAUUUUGAAGAUGUUUGCCAAUGUCCAGAUCCCGGUGCCAAUUUCGAAAGUAUAUAUUCCGUUGAUGAGGACGAUUUGGUCCAUAUUUAUAUUGCUACGGUCUUGAAAAGAGUGCGAGAUGCGGUGGAGAAGAGCAACACCGCUGCGGCAGCUACUAUUGCGGCUACGGCUUGA